AUGUCAUCAGGUAUCUCCUCGAUACUGGCGCAGGACAGAUUGCGACGGAGUGUGGCAGUCAUCUCGGGCGAGCAGAGUGUGGUGGCAAGUGCAGCAACUGAUACUGGUGGUAAACUGGUUGAUGACGAAGGUGGAGUGCUUGUCCUGCCAUUCCACCUCCCUCGCGAUAACAAUGGGCAGAAGAUUCCCUGGGGAUUAUUUUUGUGCUUUCGCAGGCCAGUAAUGGGAUUUACAUUGGUAGCGGAGGAUGUAGACGUGGUCACGGUACACUCACACUCUGCUCCUGCUCCUGCCCCUGCCCCUCCUCUUUUCCGCUCUCCUCUCUCUCUCCAGCUCUCUGCACCUGCACCUGUUUUCGCUCUUCCUUCUGCUCUUGCUCCUGCUCUCACUCCUACACCUGCUCCUGUUGUGGUUUUUGCUAUCUCCCUUCCUUCUGCUUCUCCUAGCAUUCCUCAGAAUUCAAGUUUUUGA